AUGGCGCUCAUGAUCUUCCUGAUGUCCGGCUACUUGCUUUCGGGACACGCCCUCGCGAGCGAGGAAGUGCCCGGCGAACAAGACGUGGAGGAGGAGAAGAGGAGAGUAAAAGCUGCGCGCCAGAAGGACGGGCUCGCAGGCUACUCGCUCCUAGCCUGGAAUCUGCACAAGUGGUUUGGCACCCUGCACGCAGUCCGUGGCAUAUACAUGGCGCUCCGGCCCUCUGAGUGUUUCGGCCUCCUCGGCGUGAAUGGGGCCGGCAAAACCACCACGUUUCAGAUGCUGGCCGGACUGAUCAGUGUCUCGGACGGGGACGCUGUCACCUCGGUGGCGAAACUCAGUGGAAACAUCCGCCAGUGGCAGUCCCAGAUCAGCUACUGCUUCCAGCUCGGAGGCCUACUGGACAAUAUGAAUGCGUAUGAGUACCUGUAUCUGGUCGGUCGGCUGCGAGGCAUCCCUGAAAACGAAUUAAAGCCCAUAGUGGACAGCAUCUUAUCCGUCGUCGAUCUCACAGAGCACGCCUCAAAGCAGUGCGGCGUGUACAGCGGAGGCAACCGCCGAAAGUUGUCCAUCGGUGUCGCUCUGCUGGGACUGCAGCCGUUCGUGUUUCUGGACGAGCCGUACGCGGGGGUGGACGUCGUAUCGCGGAACAAGAUCUUCCGAGCCGUCGCAGAGAUCAAGAAACGCUCGACAACGACCUUCGUACUUACGUCACACAACAUGGACGAAUGCGAGUUUUCUUGCGACCGGCUCACCAUCAUGGUCGACGGCCAAAUGCUGUGUCUGGGCACGCUGCAACACCUGCGGGAAAAGUUCGGUCAGGGCUACCGAGUGGAGUUCUUUCUCAAGCCCACUGUCGCUGUAGACGAAGUCAAGUUCAAGCAAGCUGUGGACAAACUGUUUCCCAGUAUUCAACUCAAGGACACCCAGAAGAACCUGCUUUGCUACCACCUGGUGGAGCGAAUCCCUUGGAGCGAGCUGUUCACCAAGGUGGGGAAACUCCAGCAAAAAUUCCCCCUCGAACACGUCCUCGUCGGCGAGAACACCCUGCAGGACAUCUUCUUGAACUUCGCCAAAGCACAAGGAAGCCUCCGUGUUGUGACUGUUGGUUCAGCACCCAGCGUUGGUUCAGCAUCCAGCAGCACAAGAUCUACAGGGGCCCUUUCGACAGCUACGUCAGCUUGA